CUCCCCGCGGUCGCCAGACGGCCAUUCUUCCGUUCCGCUCGGCAGUAGUGCGCUGCACGGACGAUACUACGCUCGCUAUCGACGGAAGAAAAUGUGUGUCGCGUCCACAGUGUACUAGUAUUGUAGUGGCAGUGCUCGUGAGUUACGCACGCGGACUUAACUUUUUUUAAAGAACGAUCUACUCAAAUAAUGAUGGCGCCCGAGACUGUGGUGACUACUGAACACAACAAACCUGCUGCAGCUUCACCUCAGCAGCAAGGCGGCGCGUUGGAUUGGCUUAAAUUCGACGUAAACUAUUUCAAAACUCCACCAGGCUUGUUGAAAAUAAUACAACUUGUGCUUGGUAUCUUGUGUAUGGCGCUGGCGUCGCCUUGGUACUCCACGUGGUUCGUCUUCGUAGCCGUCACGAGUUUCAUUACCACUCUCAUUUGGAGUUUCGUGUACCUGCUCAGCAUUAAGGAAGUCCUCAAAAUCCCCAUUAACUGGGUUUUGUCCGAGUUGAUCAGUACCAGUAUAGAGACGUUUAUGUACCUGAUCGCCUUCAUCGUGCUAUUCGCAGCGACCGCUGGCUACUAUGCUUCGGGCUACGGAGCUAACGUUGCAGCAGCUGUGUUCGGUAUUUUCAACACGGUGGCGUACGCAGCCAGCUCUUUCCUGCUGUUCAAGGAGCACCGAGGAUCGACUGCGACGGGGCAAGUGGCGUGAGCCUGAAUCCUGUGCGCAUGCGCCGCGGCCACUAUCAUAAACCUCAAUGAAAGCCUAUCAUCGUAUCGUUCACAUUCGUUUUGCUUUCGAUAAAAAACACCGAAAUCUAACUGUAUUUUUUACGAACUGUUAGCACUUGUUUUAAAUAUUUAUUUUUAUGAAGAAACAACAUAUAAACAUUAUUUUAAUGAAAAGUAUAAACAUUAUACAGACAUUGUAUAAAAAUAAUAGACCUACUACAUGUGUCCACGUCUUUACAAACAUAUUGAUUUCAUAUUCGAAGGUCUUAUGAAUGUGUUAUUAACUGCCAGGCUGAUCUACACAUAAUAAAACUAUUAGGUAUUUAUGAUUAUUGUAUAUUUUUAUUUGAAGCGAAUAUUCCAUCGCAAAUGAGAAAAUACUUUGGUUUCAUUGAUCAAAACCGUCUGCAGAUAGGUAAACAUAAGUUUGUAAUUUAUGUAUAAUUUAUAUUUAUAGUAUAUUUAAAAGUCAUAACAAACAGUACGGUUUCAUAUUAAUAAUUAUAGAAUAAUAUUAAAUUAAUGGCCAUAGAUUGUGUACGUGUGAGGUAUAUAAAUGGUAAGCUAUGCUUUUAAAUAAAAACCGUUAAAUCGGUUUAUUUAAUGAACAAUCUCUGUACCUAGUUGGAAAGUGGUAAUUUUACUAUGAGGUAAAAACUCCUUUUGUCUAUGAUUCCUUUAUGGCCUGUACUAGGUAGAGUUUCAUUAAAAUUCUUGAGGAGAGAUUCAUCAAAAUAUUGAUAAGAACAGGACCGCAAAAGAAGUCAACCAAAACUAGAGUACUUGAAACUAAAACGCACAUUAUAAAUAUGUUGGUAUAAAAUUAAAUCUGAGUUCUUAGUAUGUAAUAUAUAAAAUUUUAAAAUAUAUUUUGAAAUCAAUUAGUAAAUUUCGGGGCCAGUUUGACGAAGUACACGCUUAGGUUUCGUUUUUAUAAGAUAUUUACUCGUAUUUUAAUCUCACGGUUGUUAUACCUAAUAUUUUGUUAGACUAGUCUUACAAAAACAAGUUGCAUGAACGUUAAAUGUUAAAUCUAAAACGAAUUAAUUGUAAUUUAAUAUAUUCUUAGAUAAUUUGGGACAAAAUGUUUGGUAAAGACAAUAUUUCUCGCACUUUAGUACCUAUACCUACCUAUAUGUUAAUUUGAGUACCUGAUGCCUAUAGCAUCCAUAAACAUAGAUGAUUCUGAUUGCUCACACUUUUCAAAAUGUAAAGUUUACAAAUACAUAUUUCAAUAUUUUUGUGAGUGAGUUUUUAAAGAUCUAUUUGUACCUUAAAAGUAUUUUUGUAAAUGUCAAAAUUAAUUGAGAUUGAGCACGUUUAUUACACUUACACCUUCUUGGGUAUCAAUACUUACAUUUAUUUAAUCUACUUCUUAAAAGUUACAUUUGAUGUUUUUGUUAAGUACUGAAAUAUUUAAGUUGUGUUGAAUGUCGGGUGUUAUGUGAAGUUUAAACAAUAGUUAAUUUUAUUGAC